CAGCAGCGAGCCCACAGCACACCAGCUACCAGCAUGAUCGGCAUCAAGAACUGCAUCGUGUACUGCCUAUUGCUCUCCGUCACCGUAUUCGGCAAGCACAAGAAGGCCAAGCCCAAGAAGUUCGUGUCGCCCACCACCAAGGGCAUCCAGUGCUACAACUGCCUGUCUUUCGACCACCCUGGCUGCUGGGAUCCCGAUCACCCCGACUACGCCAACAUUACGGUCCCCAAUAUUGACUGCUACAUUCCCGGCAUGGCCUUCCUGUGCAUCGUAAUCACUUCCGAAUCCGCCAAGUUGGUGGAAACUGGCCAGGAGAUCGGUCCCGUCCGCGCCCGCACCUGCGUCCCAGCCAAGGACUUCUCCAAGAAGACCGUGUCUUACUCUAUGUGCAGCAAGCUCAGCAAGGAGUUGUCAGCCUCCGAGAUCUUCUCCCGUAUCGCCGUCAGCCGACCACAGUGCACCUUAUGCAAGAAGCACCUGUGCACUGACGCAUCGCACUGCUAAGUCGAUAGGGACCCUCGAGUCUGAAAUGUGUAGUUGGGCCUAUAUUCCUUCAGGCCAAUAUCUUACUCAAGUAGUUUCUAUAUUACAAUUAUCCAUAUCAAAUUGUAUCUCUUAGAAAACUGAUAAUUAGGAUUUGGGAUAUUAUUAUGAAAGAUAAGACGCUUUUCUCAGUAUUAUAAUUUGUUGAUGCACUGUAUUGAACAUGAAUUGAAUGAUAAGUUGACAGUAUUCGUACACCGUAAUAUUAUUAUCGUUGCUGAAUCAGUUGAGAUGUUUACGUACACGCAUUUUAUCAAUGCAUGUUGAUAUUAUUUAUUUGUUUGUCGUUUUUGUUUAUGUUGACUCGGUCUUGCAGGAAUGCAGUGCACUCGUGCGCAUUUUUCUGCGGGUCGCUUGUUAUGUUUGGGCACGGGGGUCGUUAUCGCUGUUUGGGAGCACUUAUGUAAAGUUUACUAAACCGACGCGAAAUGCAAUGUAUAGUACUUUGUUAUGGUUCUAACGAAACUUGUUGCUUGGCCAUUGUUGCGCCGGCGGGGCCGAACUUCGGUGGUUUGUUUUUAUAUUUCGAUCAUUUUAAUAAAAUGAUUUAUAAGCUGUA